CGAAGCCGAACUCGUCGACCACCAUUAAUGUUUUGGUCUCAAGCUUCCUUCGACUUUCCUUCUAAUUAUCGCCUCCAUUGCCUCUAUUAGACCACCAUUAGGGCCAUUAAGUGUUCCUAUGGUGUCCUCAGUGCCAGGGCCGCCCUAAUGGUGCCAAGAGGAGGAGAGAGGAGGAAAAAUAGGCCUAGGAAGAGGGAUUUUGUGAGACGUCUGUGAAGGACUGAACCGAGAGGCGACGAGAGGGAGAGAGAGAGAGAAAGAGAGAGAGAGAGGAGGAAGGAAAAAAACAACAGGGCUGCCGACAACAACAACAACAACAACUGGCACACUACCCCAAGACCGACCCCCACCCCCUCAAGCGCAUCCCCCCCCCACCACCACCACCACCGACGCACCCCAGACCAGACAUCACCGAGGGGACGCACCUUUCUACGACGUCAACAUCGGCAUCGCUCGUACAAGUUCGUGGCGAGGAGCUGCUGUUUGUGCGUCCGUUUGUGUGUGUGUGUUUGUUUGGGGUCUCGGUAAGGAAGCGAUGGUGUGACGAUAGUUUGUGCGUGUGUUUGUGUGUUUGCGAAAGGGUGUUGUCCUGGUCCUGUUCUUGGUAUGUGUUAAGAGAAAAGGUUAUGUUGUUUUAAGACCUCUAAGAAUAUAUUGUGAAGAGGAAGAGGAAGAGGAAGAAAUAAGAGGAGAAAGAGGAGAAGGAAGGAAAGGGAUAUCUCGGUUAGUUUGAAGAAGAAUUUGGGAGAGAGAAAGAAAGAAAGAAAGAAAGAAAGAAAGGAAGGAAGGAAGGAAGGAAGGAAAAGAAUAUGUGUUAGUUUGAAGAAGAAUUUGGAAGAGAAACAAAGAAAGAAAGAAAGGAAGGAAGGAAAGGAAGGAAGGAAAGGAAUAUCUGUUCGUCUGAAGAAGAAUUUGAAAGAGAAAGAAACAAGAAAGAAAGGAAGAAAGAAAUGGGGAAAGAUUAGGGAAAGGAAAUCUGGGAAAAAAAAAAAUCUGUUUGAAGAGAAAUUAAGAAAAAGAAAGAAAAGUGAAAAAUAUUAAAGAAAGUAGAAGAAAAGGAGAAAUUCUGAAUAUUGAUAAAGAAGAAUUGGGGAAGAAGGAAAUGUGAAUGAAGAGGAAAUAAGGAAAGAAGAGGAAGAAGAAGAGGAAGAGGAAGAAAUUGAUAGACCUGAAUCUCACAAGUAAAGAAGAAGAAGAAGAGGAAGAAGAAGAGAGAAGAGGAAGUGGAAGAAAACGAAGGAAGAGAAAGGAAGGAAAAGAAGGAAGGAAGUAAAGAAGAAAAAGAAGAAGAAGAAAGGAAACUUAAAACAAAGAGAAAACAAGAGAAAGAGAGAGAGGAAGAGAAGAUAAGAGAGAGAGAGAGAGAGAAAGAGGAGAGAGAGAAAAAGAAAAAAGAGAGAAAAAGGAAGAAAAUUAAAAGAUAGAGAGAAGGAAGGAAAGAAGAAAGAAAGAAGAAAGAAACACCAAGAAAAUCAAAGAAAGAAGAGAGAAGAAAAAACAGAGAAAAAAGGAAGAGAAAGAUAAAUAUUAAAGAGAGAGAGAGAGAGAGAGAGAGAGAGAGAGAGAGAGAGAGAGAGAGAGAGAGAGAGAGAGAGAGAGAGAGAGAGAGAGAGAGAGAGAGAGGGUCAUAAUAUUUACCUAAGCCCUCCCUUAAAAAUAAACAAACCUGGACUCCCAAAUACCCCUCCACCCCCCCUUAGACAACCAACAACCUCCCCCCCCUCCACACACACACACCACCCCCCACACAAACACACAAACAAACACACACAUCCUCAUCUACGGCCAGGACUACCACCACCACCACACAGACCAACAGACGCAGACGGAGGAAUUAAACCCGCAGCGUCAAACCCACGCACACACGGACAUGGAGGGGAUGGCCAUGGGGAGCGACGAGAGCCGGGAUGAGCCGUUCGCCUGCCCGGAAUGCCACAAGAGCCACAGUGCCAGGUACCUCCUCGUCCGCCACCUUAAGGUCCAUGCCAAGGUCAAACCGUUUCAGUGUACGGAAUGCACAAAGAGCUUCGUCCAUAAGCACAGUCUGAAGCUGCACAUGCGGAGCCACACUGGGGAACGGCCACACCAAUGCUCGCUCUGCCUGAAGUCCUUCCCGACCCGUAAUCGCCUCCAGAAGCACUUCAUCGUACACACCAAAGAGAAGCCAUUCCAGUGCCCGGAGUGCGUCAAGUCCUUCGUGUCCAAAGACGGGCUGAAGGUCCACAUGCGCUCGCACACCGGCGAGAAACCGUACCAGUGCCCGGAGUGCUCCAAGCUCUUCGUGCGGCGGAACACGCUGAACAUCCACCUCCGCAGCCACACCGGGGAGAAGCCGUACAAGUGCUCGGUCUGCCUCAAGUGCUUCACCACCAGCGGCAGCCGACACAAACACAUGAAGGUUCACUCUGGGGAGAAGGCGUACCAGUGUUAGCGGCGUUCCCGGACCAGGAGGAGGAGGAUGUGGCCGUCGGAUCCGGGUGUGGUGUGAGGGCUGGCCGGC